AUGGAUGAUCACUAUUGCUUACCCGAUUCAGGGUCUUCUUCCAACGCCUACUGGCUCCUUCUCCAAGUCCUCUCUCUCAUUCCUCUCUGGCACUACCUUCUCCUCGCAGCUUUCGUUCUCUUCUCUAUUCUCUACAAAUUCCUCGAGCUCCAUUUCUUCGAAGACCUCCUCUCCGGAUUCGCAGGUUCCCCCGUGCUUCUGUCCUACAACACCUCCUCUCAAAUCCGCGAUGCCGUCGUUUCGAAGUGCGAGGUUCUUCGCGGCAGAUAUUUGGCCACGCCCUGGCUCUGCAGCCCUCAUCUUCAGACUCUUUUCUUGAACUACUUCGGCAGACCUCCCUUGCUGAAAUACACAAGGGAACUGUUUAGGACUGCUGAUGGUGGAACCAUUGCCUUGGAUUGGCUGUUGAGUUCUGAUGUUUCGGAUGAUGUUGUUUCUGAAGAUGAAUCUACUCCCAUUGUUGUAGUUCUUCCUGGCCUCACAAGUGACUCUUCGUCUCAAUAUAUCAAACAUCUCGCCUAUCAGACAGCAAAGCGUGGAUGGAAGGUUGUUGUCUGUAACCACCGAGGUUUGGGAGGUGUUUCUAUCACGUCCGAUAUUUCCUACAAUGCUGGAUGGACUGAGGAUGUCCGCACAGUGGUUAAUUAUCUCCAUAAAGAGAGAUCCAAGGCACCUCUGUUUGUUGUUGGAACAAGUAUUGGAGCUAAUAUUCUGGUUAAAUAUCUUGGCGAGGAUGGUGAGAAUAUUCCUGUUGCCGGAGCUGUUGCUGUUUGCUCUCCCUGGGACCUUUUGCUAGGGGACAGAUACAUUCGCCGACGGCGUGUGCAAAAAAUUUAUGAUAAAGUGGUUGCAUUUGGGCUUCAACAUUACGCAAAAUUACACCAAUCUCACUUUUCUCGAAAUGCUAAUUGGGAAGGAAUUGAAAAGGUGGCCUAA